UAUAACAGAAACAAACGGAUACUGCUCUACGGGAAGUCCCUCCCUCGCCAAUAACGUACAUUGGGUGCAUCCCGCUCCACCGUGAGAGGAAAACGCCCAGGACCGCGUAACCAGACACCGAGCACAGUUUUGCCCUCAGUCAGAAAGAAAUCGAGCUAUACUGCAACCAAAUCGGAUGAUACGACCUAGAUAACCGACAGAACUAUUUUUUUUAAAGGGAUUUCGUUCGUUAUCCAAGCACAGUUUCGCAAAAAAGUUUGGCCACCAUGAAGUUGUGUUUAUGGAUCGCGGCUCUUUUGCUGGUCGUCGUGGGCACCAACGCAGAUGGUGAACUCGAUCUUAUGGAUGCCUUCGGACUCGACCCAGAGCCUGAGACUGAGAAGCCAAAGAAACCUAUUUCAGGCGGUGGGGGUGAAUUUGAUCUCAUGGACGCCUUCGGACUCGAUGCUCUGGAUCCAGACCCAACAAACCCUCCCAAGGUCCCAGAGAAAGCCAAGCCCAAAUCCAACGAUGGUGAACUCGAUCUUAUGGAUGCCUUCGGACUCGACCCAGAGCCUGAGACUGAGAAGCCAAAGAAACCUAUUUCAGGCGGCGGGGACAGUGGAUUUGAUCUUGGCGAUGCUCUCGGCCCAGAUCCAGAGCCCGAAAAACCCAAGAAACCAACUUCAGGUGGUGGUGGGGACGGUGGGUUUGAUCUUGGCGAUGCUCUCGGCCCAGACCCCGACCCCAAACCAGCCGUUCCCCCAAAGACCGGAGGAGGAGGAGGAGGAGGAGGAGGAGGGUUUGAUGAUUCAGACCUCUGGGACGAUUCCAAAGGAGAGCUGAAACCUGAAGGAGGAGCUGGAGGACAGGAUCCCAACAACGAUGGCGGAGCAGAUCAGCCCCAAGAUCCGUGGGUCCGAGCGCUGCGGGUCCUAGAGGCUAACAUGCCGGAAGGCGUCCAUAUAUGGCUAGCCAACAUAAAGCACAGCCUGGUGCCCUUCUUAGAGCGCGCCCUUCAGCUGCUGGGCGGCCUCGCGUGAGACGCGGCCUCUCUCGCUUCCUAUUGGUCGCCUCCAGGGUGGGAGGAGUCCAGCACCUCCACCCGAACCCCCCACCCUGCCCCAAAAUAAUCAUAAACACAGGCUAGAUGAUGUUAUGGGGCUAACGCUAUCGAUGAUGCUAUGAGGCUAACGCUAUCGAUUAUGCUAUGAGGCUAGCUACAUGGUGUAUGUACCUUGAUGCUACCUCUCGUUUCCUAUCGCUCCGCCUCCAUGGAGGGAGAAGACAAUGCCCCCUCCACCCCCCCCCCUUCACCCCCGCCCACCCCCCCCCCCCCCCCCGUCUAGGAUAUUGGCACUUCAUGGUAAGGAUCCAUCUUUAGCCUCGUAGCAUAACGGUCCCAUUCAUGCUAGUCCUAUUUGAAGUUAUAUUUUAAGGUUUGUGUUUAGCGUCAGAAAUGCUCAAAGUCAAACAGAUGACUGAGGCGGGUGGUUGAUAUACUAUUGGGUGUGUUGUGUGUUUAUGUGUGCGUGUGUGUGUGUGUUCACACUCGCUCCUAUUGUGUUUCGUUCCUCCCGCACGGUUUAGCCCGAAGGGAAAUAUGAGUCAUCCGUGUGUUGGCAUGGAUAACAGACCAUAAUAUGAUGAGUGAAUGCCAUCCGGUACGCGCUCUGUUUCGUGUUUUUUUAAGCCGCCUGUCACUCAAACUUUGUGUGUUCUUUGUUAGGAUAGAAUAGAAUAGACUUUAAUUUCCAUUGUGUAGUAGGUCCAUAAAACUGAAUUUUCUUGUGCUAAAACAAUGCUCACAUAAACACUCACACAAUAAAUAGUAUAAAAUUUAAAUAAAUAAAAUAGAUUGGUUGAUGAUCUUUUGAAAGGACAAUGGCCGACAAAACGUUAAUCCCAUGAGAUGGUUCUAAUGCUGUAGUGUAAAUUUCGUUGCAGGCGUGCCCACAAUAAAAACUCUUCCACAGAAUCGGUACAAGGAAUUUAUUUAUGUGGUAGUAGCAGCUGAUCUAGUGAAACCUUCUGUCCUCAAAGCAGCUUUGAGGAUUAACCUCCAAACAGGAAGUACAUUUCCAUCCCACUUCCUGUUUCCAUUGCCUCGUAUGUGUCAUCAGUUCGUCUCGCAUCUCAGACGGCAUUCGUGUUGGCACGGACGUGGCGGCCAUUUUAUUUCCCCGCGGGGCGAAUAUUCGUUAUUUUAAUUAGCGUGGCUUGUGUCGCUAGCGCUUAGUGGCUUGUGUCGCUAGCGCGACGGGUUCAAAUUCUUCUCAAGAGGAGACACAGGAUUUAGCAGCGGGUUCACACCUUUGGAGAAACAGGUUGUGGUAUGUGGCCGCUGGUCUGGGUGUGGUUGGUGGAAUUCUCCAGCUUAGGUUAACUGACUUUUGUGACCAAUUAGCCAAGGCAAGGCAACUUUAUUCAUGCAGCAGUUUUCAUUCACAAGGCAGACUCAAAAGUGCUUCACGUGGAAACAUUUUCAUACAAUAAAAUUAUAUAAUAAAAUAGAAUAGAUGCGUAAAAGAAAAAAAUGGCAAAGUUAAAAAAUGCAUUGUAGAAAGAACAGAAGAGCUAAAGCACACAUAAAAGUCUGCAGUCUAGUUUUUGAAAGUGGUCAGAGUUGGGGGCAAGUCUUAAAUCCUCUGGGAGUUUAAUCCAGCGAUUCGCUGCAUCGUAAGUAAAUCCUGCUUUCCCAUGUUUCGUGUUUACUCUGGGGAUAAUUAACAGAUUGGUCUCAGAAGAUCUUAGUGUUCUACGAGGCUUAUGUAAGCUAUAAGAUAGCAAUAAGCUAGCUUCAAUUUCUGAAACAAAUUGUCCAAACAAAUGCGUUUAGACAACAAUGUGCUUUUUUAUGUUUGGUUUAUCAUGGUUAAGUAUUUAAAUACUGCUUGAAGAGAUUUUUUCUACUGCAAAAGAUUAAAUAAGCAAACAUAUAUUUGUGUUUACUUUGUAUUGGCGGCCUUCUCUUUUCUAUUGUGUCUCUAGGGAAGCCUGUUUCACCUGUGUGUUGGUUUUUUUACACUCCCUGCCGUCCUAAUAAAGACUGUCCCAUGCUCUCUU